UGGGCGCAGGCUCCCCGGUGCCCGCCCCUCCGCUCCGGGGGGGCGCGAGCGGGCGGCCGGGGGGGGGGCCGGCACCGCCGCCGCAAAAUGAGCCUGCUGUCGGCCAUCGACACGAGCGCCGCCUCGGUGUACCAGCCGGCCCAGCUGCUCAACUGGGUCUACCUGUCGCUGCAGGACACGCACCAGGCGAGCGCCUUCGAUGCCUUCCGGCCCGAGCCGCCCGCCGGCGCCGCGCCCCCAGAGCUGGCCUUCGGCAAGGGCCGCCCAGAGCAGCUGGGCUCGCCCCUGCACUCCAGCUAUCUCAACAGCUUCUUCCAGCUGCAGCGCGGAGAGGCGCUGAGCAGCAGCGUGUACAAGAGCGCCUCGCCCUACGGCUCCCUCAACAACAUCGCCGACGGCCUCAGCUCCCUCACCGAGCACUUCUCCGAGCUGACCCUCACCUCUGAGACCCGCAAGCCCAGCAAGCGGCCCCCACCCAACUACCUGUGCCACCUGUGCUUCAACAAAGGACACUACAUCAAGGACUGCCCCCAGGCACGCCCCAAAGGCGAGGGUCUGACCCCGUACCAGGGCAAAAAGCGCUGCUUCGGCGAGUACAAGUGUCCCAAGUGCAAGAGAAAAUGGAUGAGCGGGAACUCCUGGGCCAAUAUGGGGCAGGAGUGCAUCAAGUGUCACAUCAACGUGUACCCACACAAGCAGAGACCCCUGGAGAAGCCCGAUGGCCUGGACGUGUCCGACCAGAGCAAGGAGCACCCCCAGCACCUGUGCGAGAAGUGCAAGGUGCUGGGCUACUAUUGCCGGCGCGUGCAAUGACCCGGCCGCCUGCUGGGCCCCGCCGCCCUCCUGCCAGCCAGAGAAGACGCCACCCCCCUGCGUGUCCCCUGUGUGCGCGCGGGGGCGCCCUCGCAGGCUUACAGGUCUAGGGGGUGGGCUCUUGGCUCAUGUAUGUUGACAAACAGUGUUACUGACGUAGCUGCGCCCCCAGAAGGCCGGGUCUCUGCGACUCUCUACGGGGGGCCCUGGGUCUGUGUGGAGGGGAUAGGGCAAGCAGAGGUCAGCGCACAGGACCACACAGAGCCCUUGGUGUCCCCGCAGGCUCUCCUCUGAGACUCCCUUUGGGGUGAGCAGCCUUGUAUUGGCCACGAGUGCACUAAAUUUACUGUGAAUCCCAGAGCCUGCAGGGGACUGUCUCCCCAAGACCGGCCAGGCCGCCUUUUCCCACCCAGAACCUUCCAGUUUGCCCUGUGUGAAAAGCCACUCUUAGAAAGCCCUGAUUUUCUGUCUAAGUCAGCACUCAUGGCAAGCUGACACCUGUUCUCGCAGCUGCUGGGGAGAGGGCAUCUCUGCCCCCUGCCACUUUGAGCCCCAAACCUGACCGCCUCUGCCGUCACUGGCAUUGCACCUGGGCGCUGCACCCUGCCCCCCCCCAUAGACCCAGAGGUCAGGCACGGGGAGGCACUGAAUGUUGGACAGUGUCCCAAGGUGUGACCUGGGGCACAUCAGGCAAUGCCUCCCCCCUCUCCCAGCACAUACUACCCCCACUUGCUUGGAUUUUGUCAGCCCCAUUCCCUUCCCCUCUCCUUCCCCUCCCACCCACGCUAGGGGGCCACCCCCUGAUGGAGGCUACAGGACCCAGCAGGGAAGCCACUCUGGCAGGAAGGACACAGGCCUGGCAGAUCAAAGACCCGGGUUUUAAUGCUGGCCUCACCACUGACACACUGUGGAGCCUGGGAAGGAUUCUCAUCUCUCUGCUUCGCUACUAGUUAAGUGAGAGAGUGACAGCAGAGAGCCGAGAGGCCCGUUUCUGUUCUGAUGUUCUGGGAUUCAGCCUGGCUGUGUGCCGUCUCCUGGAGCAGAAAGCUUUAUUUGGACAGUAUCCCCAGGUCCCGUACCCCGACUAUCACCCGUCAGUCGGUCACUUAAGAAGUCAUGCGGAGGGAUCCCGGUCCUCCCCUGUCGCCCCUGCAGGCCCAGCCCUGCCUGUUGUCCCCUACCCAGCAAACGUGAAGGAGAGGGUUUCCCCCGCUCCAAGACAAGCUACAGAACCUCUCGUUUGCAAAGUGGGGACAAUGAUUCCUACCUCCCGAGGGGGGGGGAGGCCUCUUGGCGCUCACACUGGUCAGGGCGACGCUGUCCUGGCUAGCGGGGGGAUCGCCUUCCUCUUCGCUCUCUCCCCAGUGAGAAGUCCUAUUUUUAUUGUCGUAUCACCCUUCCUUUCUCCCAGGGGAACCGGCUGUCAGAGCUGGGUCACUUGAUUUUGCCCCAACAUGAUGCCUCUGUGGAAAAAAAAAAUCAGACCACGAAAUGGGCCUGAAAUUCAGUGUUUACCACGGCUCAAGGACACCCAACCCGUGUCCAGUUGCCUUUUGUUUUCAAAUGAAAAUGCUUUGUACAACUGAGGAGUUACAGCAAAGUGUUAAUCAAGGGUCCAGGGAGUGAGUCGAAGAGAUGGAGUGAGUGCAUUUGCAGCCAGAGGGCUGCAGGGUAGAUUUGGGCGGGGUUGGGGGGGAGCCAUGCCCUCUGAGCAUUUAAGAAGGGUGUAUUUGCUCCAGCCUGAGCCCUGUAGCGGCCUCCCUCCGGCCUGCCCCUGACUGUGAACACGCCCACUGAGGAAUCCCUCCCAGCUGCUCCCUGCCUGCUCCACAGUGUCAAGGUGAGCCAGAGUCACCCUGUUCCAGGGCUCUCUGUCCCCAAGGAGAAGCUGUUGCUGUCAGUCAUCCUAGCGCCCUGCUAACGACAACAUUCGCAGUGGUGGGCAGUGUGCUGGUCUCCGCUGAGAGGACCAGGUCCCAACCCUUCCAGGGACCUGGCUCCACAGGGGGACCUUGGCCUCAGGUACCUGGGCUGCAGUCGUGGGGGAAGCCCACACCCUAGAAAGAGCCCAGGCUCCAGACCCCUGGAGGCCAGGGCCUUCCACAGGCCAAGAGGAGAAGGGAUAUCACCCCAAAGUGACCUUUGCAGUGGGUUUGUCCAGCUGGCAGCCAUUGCCCCCGCCAUCUGUGCAGAGCUGGCCACCGCAGGGGCUGGGCCCUCUCUCUGAGGCGGCCCUUCCACACCGCCCCCUCCUGCACUGUUUGGCUGAAUUUGGGAGCUCUGCGUGCUCAGCGAAAGCCACUGUUGUCCAGGCUGGUGCUGUGAGAAUUAAGUGCUCAGAGGGCCUGGGCACCCAGGAGACAAGAAAGUGUGUGGUUUUAGUACGUUCAAAGGGACAAUCGCUUGCAGUUAGUAGAUCUAGCGAUCCAGUUGGGAGAGAACGGUGUUUACCCCAUAUGAAGUAUUCAAUAGUUCUACUUGUGAAUUUGUAUUUAUUUUGAGUUAUACUUGACACAGAAUUCCUUUUUUUUUUUUUUAAAGAAAAAAUACUAUGUGUGUAUUUUGAAACGAAAAUUCAUGGAUGUUAAAAUUUCUGCAUGGUUUCCAAUUUUUCUCACAACACUGAAUUUGUUACCUUCUCUCGAAAAAUCUUCACAGUGAUUUUUGUCUGUAUAUAUUUGAGGGCUUUUUUAAAAAAAAGAAAAAGAAAAGAAAAAUAUGAUUGCCUGAUUUUUGAGAUUAAAGUAAACAAAAAGAGAGGCAUUUUCAAAACUUCAGAGCUUUCAGGAGGGCAAUAGAAUAUCAAAUGAAGAUUUCUGGAAGUAUUUUUUGCAAACCUUCUGGUUGAGCUGCAAGAAAAUAUUUAUGAUGAGAACUUUUCUCUUUUUCCUGUUGGUUUUAUU